AUGGGAAAGCCACCGGAAGCAAUCCAAGUAUCCCGGCGUCUGGGGAAUAUGUUGACGUUCUUUGGCGUCCACAUGCAUGCAUGGAUAUCGUUUCGCGCUCGCAGAGAUGAAAGCCUACUCUUCGUCCUCGUGCGCGCGUUCGUCUUCGAGCUGGCUCUUCCGGUGAGGAUCAUCAAGAAGAACGCCAUCGUGCAGCCCCUGUUGCCUGUUGAUCCAUUACCUGGUUGCUGGAUGUUCUCCAGCGCUGGUCGUCGUGCGACUCUGCGACUCUGA